CUCCGGUCACCACUGGAGGCUCAGGUUCAACCUUGAAAGGGAACGUCUUGUUUGUUAUAUCAGAGACGGCUGGAAGUGGUAAUAAGUAGAUAAACAUCUGAUCUAUGCAAAUAGUAAUGCUACUUUUAUGGAUCGUGAUUAACUGUAAAAUAGCUUGUCGGAACGUAAGCCAUGGUGGAGGGACACGCCCAGCCCUAUCAUCGAAUUGCAUAUCGGUUCCAAGAGUGCAAAGGAUUGUGACAGCACAGCCUAACGCUCUGUUGCCAAGAUAUGCAGGGGAUAUGCCAUUCGUGGGGACUUCGUGUUUACGAUUCCAGACGUUCAUAAUUCCAAUGAAGACGAGAAGGUCAAAAAUCCAUCUCGCUCCAUUGCUUGAUUCUGUGUCAAAGAUCCCUUGGAGACGAACAAGUCCCCUCUCGAGGACGUCAAGAAGAAUUUCUGAGAACUCGCUCAACUCCUUAUCCCAUAUAUCAGUUACCGGGAAGCGCCCAAGGAAUUGAGGGAUCAUGAGUUUCAUCAAAUUCACAAAUUUUGAUGUAUCUUCUCCUGGCCGCACAAGGACAGGCGGAUCCGAUUGGAACCUUUCGGUAGCCAGGUAGCGACGGAGAAAGACGUGCAAGUCAUCCAUAGAUUGGCUUAGGACACCCUCCAUUUUAUGCUACCGACAAAGGGUGCCUUAGCACGUCCAAUGACAGAAAGAGCAAG